GGGAAGAGGUCCAAAAAGGGGGACGCCGGGCAGAAGGCUCCCCCAGUCGUGAUCGUGGAUGAGCACUUCACCUCCGAGCCCCACGUUCUGGUGGCCACGACUACUUUGAACCUUCCCCGGUACAGAAAGGUGAAGAAGGCUUGCCCCGAGAGGACAUACAGUUUUCCCUCCUGAAGGGGACCGCCAUCCUGCAUGGUACUGUGGACCCUCGGGAGUUCUUGGAUGGGGCCACUCCUUCGCUGGAUAGGACGGCCCUCGGCAGGCUUGAUGAUGAGGCCCUCGAGUUUAAGAUCCUUUGGUCCUCCCUCACUGCUUGCAUAGCCCUCGGUGAGCAUGCCAGAAGGUUUGAUGAAUGGCGCCUCCAGAGGCGCAACAAGAUGAAGCCAUGAACAAGCUCAUCCAUGAUAAUGCAGACGCCGUGAGGCAGAUGGCCCGGCUAGAAGAGGACCUCCGGCAGGCGAAGGCUGAGGCAGAGAGAGCUGCAAAGGAGAGAGCUGAAGCUGAAAGGGCCGCUGCUGAGGGCGCGAAGAAAGCCGCUGAGGAGGCCAAGGCAGAAGCUGUCGCCAGUGCGAUUGCUGCCUUCAUCGCCGAGGGGUGGAGGGGCGAAGGCCACAAGGACUGGAUGGCUUCGGUGGUGGAGGUGUCUGUUUAUGGGUGGGUGAAAGGCCUCGGGGCGAUGUGGCUAGCCCACAAGGGCGAAGAUUAUUGUGUUGGGGAGAGUUCUUCACACAGGCCCUCGUCUACAGAAGGCUGGCCCACCACUUGAAGAUUGAGCCGAAAGCUUUUGACCCAGCGGCAUAUGGCCUUCCUCCCAUGCAGCCGGAUGUUCGCGUGCCCCUUCCCACAGACUUUGAAAGGCCGGAUUUGGAAGAUUCUGAACUGAUGAAGGCGGCCGAGGAUGAAGAAGAGACCAGAGGGGGCGUCUCCUCGAAGCCUGUCGAGGGGGUGCUGCUGAAGCUGAUGAUAAUCCUAUUCUUGUAUAAUUUUGAAUAAUUUUUUGUAAUGAAUAUGUACGAUCCUUUGGCUUCGGCCACUCUGUAACAGAACUCCUUUGGUUGUACUCCUU